AUGGACUUUGUAGUUGGUCUUCCAAAGACGUUGGAAAAGUUUGACUCUAUCGGGGUUAUUGUUGACAGGUUGACUAAGUCUACCCACUUUAUUCCGGUGAAGAUAACUUAUGAUGCGAAGAAAUUGGCUAAAAUCUACAUUCGUGAGGUGGCUAGGCUUCAUGGGGUUCCUAUCUCCAUUGUGUCCGACAGGGGCACAAUGUUCACAUCCAGAUUUUGGGAGUGUUUACAUGAGGAGUUGGGUACGAAGUUGGAUCUUAGUACAACAUUCCACCCACAAACUAACAGGCAGUCUGAGCCGACCAUUCAGGUCCUUGAAGAUAUGCUUCGUGCGUGUGUGAUAGAUUUUGGUGGGCAUUGGGACCAGUCUCCUAUUGGGUGGUUUGAUGUGUUUGAAGUGAGACCUUGGGGCACUGAUCUUCUGAGGAAGUCCCUUGAGAAGGUGAAGGUGAUCCAAGCAAAGCUUCUAGCAGCCCAGAGUAGGCAGAAAGAGUAUGCGGACCGCAAGGGAAAGCUUAGCUCGAGGUACAUUGGGCCGUUUGAAAUCCUCAAGCGUGUGGGGGAGGUGGCUUAUAAGUUGGCUUUGCCUCUGGGUCUAUCAGGCGUUCAUCCGGUGUUUUAUGUUUCGAUGUUGAAGAGGUACCACAGAGAUGGUUCGUACAUAAUCCAAUGGGAUUCGAUUUUGUUAGAUGAGAAUUGGACUUAUGAGGAAGAGCCCGUUGCCAUCUUAGAUAGGGAUGUUCGCAAGUUGAGGUCCAAAGAAAUAUCCUCUAUAAAAGAUCAGUGGAAGAAUCAUCCGGUGGAGGAAGGUACUUGGAAGCAGAAUCUAAUAUGCUUAGCAAGUAUCCUCAGCUUUUCAUCAAGUCAGAGUUCCCCACAAGGACCUAGGGUGAAAUUCCAAGCUAAGGAAAGAAUACUCUUGAGAGGUUAUGGUGGUUAUCACUUAGUUAUCAUCUAA